AUGGAGUCAGGUAUUUUCAGAUUCUUCAAUUUUAUAUUCAACUUUUUUCAACAUUUCAAGAAAUCACAGAAAACUUUCAAACAGCCAGACAUAGAGAAAAAUGAAAUAAAUGAAGAGAAGAGAGAUGAGCAGAGCGCAGAGACGGACGCUCCCUGUCAAAUCUCCUACAGACGUGCUGUGUUUAUGGUGGCUUUUUAUUUCUACCUAAACUUUGUAAACUUUGUGGACGACUUUAUAUUGAUGGCAAUUCUGCCUAUCAUUAUAGAAGACUUUCAUAGCACGAUCAUCAGAUUCCAGUUGAUCUUUUUAGGGUUUCUAUGCUCUAGAAUGAUCAUUUCGCCAUUUUUAACUGGUGCCAUACCUCGCUAUAAGCAGAAGAUGGUAUUGUGCAUUGGACUAUUGUUCUAUUCCGUAUUGGCCUUUGGAUGCACAUAUAUUCCCCAGCAGGGGUUCUGGCUCUUCCUGCUGGUACGACUAUUUGUUUCUUCAAUGGCAGAAAGCUGCCUAGGCAUGGUUCCUGUAAUGAUUGGCGACAUUUUCCGCCCUGACCAGAGAACACGGAUGCUAGGUUUUUACACCUGCACCAACGCAUUUUGCUGUAUGCUUGCUUGCAUCUUUGGAGCUUCAGCAAUUGACCUGGCAUCUUCAAAUUGGCGAUAUGCACUACGGAUAACCCCAGCAUUUGGCCUGUUUGGUUUGUUGCUGGCAAUAAUAAUUGUGAAAGAUCCUCGAGAAGGCAUGGAGGAUGAAGAUGAUGAAAGUGAUAUACCUGAAUCCAAAAGUAACUGUUGUUCGGACUUGAAGCAACUUCUGACAAGUAUUUUGCAAGUGGCCCUGAAUGUUAUCUUUUUGUGA